ACGUGUGUGAUUAUUCUUGUAAUUAGAGACCAAGGAGAAUACUGCCAGAUUAUCCUAUUUUCCAGCCUCAUGUGCCCUUAUUUAGUUAUUAUAAUCAUAUAAUGUUUGUUCAAUCUGCUGCAAACAAGUAUGAAGAACUAUUUAUUGAUUGUAUCAUUUGUGUGUUCCCAUAGUCAAGUUACUGAACAUUAGAAUUUACGUGAAAGUGCCAGAGAUGGUAAAGGAAAAGCGUUUCGAAUUCCAGUCAACAACUUUGAGAAAUCUAAUGCAAAACAUUCUCCAACCAUUAACAAUUAUUGGAUGAGGUUUUUGUGAUAUGCGGAAUAAUUUUGCAUAUCGCAAAAACCGAAUUCAGUAAUUGUUUUAUUACACAUUUGUAAUAGAUACCGCUUGCUAAUUAUCGCAGGCUCAUUUGCAGAUAACUCAGUUAUCUGCUAGCAGAUAACUGAAUUUUCUGUAGGUUGCGUGAGUGCGCGAUUUAACUGUAAGCUCUUAGCCAAUCAAAUUGCUUUUACCAACUACAAUGUAUAAUAAUAAACAAUUAUUGGAUGAGGCUAAGCAUGAUAUCAAGAAUUAUUCAGACCGAGGUCAGUGUUAUCUGCCGAAGCGAAGCUGAGGCGAAUAACAUUGACUGAGGUCUGAAUAAUGCUUGAUGUCAUGCGAAAGCCGAAUCCAAUAAUAUCAGAAACGUAUAAAACGAUUAAACGAAGUUUAUUAAUGUUUCAAGCAAAUCUACUGUGAGCCAUUUUGUUUAAUUUAUUUUCGCGUGUUUUUGACUCGUACAUGUAUCUGCGAAAAAAGUUGUUAAGGCUGGUAGUAUGUAAGUAUCAUCUAAGUACAUCGUUCAAAUGUCUUGUGGGUUCCUGCCAACACGUUUUUCUUCGAUUUCCCUAUUAAACUCCUAUAUAUUGUUAAAAACAUGAAAUUUCAGGUUCAUUUAUAGAAAAAAUAACUUGCAGCAUUAGAAAGCUUACAAAAAAUUACAUAUAAGACAUUUAAACGGUUACCUUCAUUUUUCAAGUUCUUGAGUUAUGAGCUUUUGAAAACGUAUUUUCAGACUAGUGCCCAGGAUUUAUGCGCGUUUUGGCCUAUUUUUCACACUUUGGAAUAAGGUAACCGUUUAAAUGUCUUAUAUGCAGUUUUUUGUAAGCUUUCUAAUGCUGCAAGUUAUUUUUUCUAUAGACGACCCUGAAAUUUCACGUUUUUAACAAUAUAUAUAGAAGUUUAAUAAGAAAAUCGAAGAAAAACGUGUUGGCAGGAACCUACAAGACAUUUGAACGAUGCCAACAUACAGAAAUGUACUUACCAGCCGUAAAAAUAAGCAAAAUUGAAUUGUCCCCUGAUUGGGUGAGUUUUUCCUCCUAUCUGCCUGACUAAUACAAAAGAAAAUGGUUUUAAGAGAAUAUCACAGCAUCGUUUUUCCCAACAUUCGGGAUAGUUUUUGCUAUUUCUGUGUUUGAAGUGAAUUUUUCGGAGUUUUAAAUAAGUUUUAAAUUGUCCGACACAGUAAAAUGUUUGACACAGUAAAAUAAUAAAGGAAUCCUACCUUUCAAGUUCUUACGAUUUUUUCAAUAUUUUGUCGAUUUUGAAACCAAAUUUGCCGAAUCAUUAUUUUUGAAAAGCCAUUAUUUACCAGUCUGCUAGUAAAUAUUGCGUCAGAUUUACUGGUCAACUAGCCAAUCAGAACGCGCGAUAAGGUAAUUGGUAUGCAAACUUUAUACUAAAAGGGCUUACUGAAGAAUGGGGAUACUUAUGGGUAAAGUUUGGGGUAUGGGAUACUGGGGUGAUGUAAUUAAUUUUGUCAUAAUAGGGAUACUUGACCAAAUAAUAGACGAACUUGUACAGGAUAUUUAAACAAAUAAAGACAGGUUAUCCAGAUCCCCCUGGUCCCUACUGGAUAUCCAGAUUCGCUUUACAAUUUACGUUGCCACACAAUGCGCAAGACAUUUCUCGUGCCUUUCAUACGUUUUUUAAGACGCAUAAUAGAAUGACCACUUCUGGGGAAUAAUGGGAUACAGGGUCCCUCGAAAUAGAUUGAAGGUCAAACGGGGCCGCAUUUAUCCGUUUCAUUCUUUAUCCGAUUAUCCAUUAGUUAGUGUACGCUUUGUGUUUAAAAAGAAAUGGCAAUAUAUUUUUUAUUUUCUGAUUUGAAAGAACUUUUAAGACUGUAUAUAAUACUCUUUUAUCGUUUUUUUCAUAUCUUGUACUUCUGCAAAUAUUUUGAUCGAAAGGAAUGAAAUGUCCGUCAUCUUUAAUUUUUGUAGAUAUGCAUGUCACGUCACAACAGGGGUCACGCAAUAUUUUUAUCUACGCAACCACUAGUCAUUUUGCACUCAAAACCUUUAAAAGAACUACCAAUCAACAUUUGGUCAGCAACGAAUACUUUUAUAUGGUUAAUCCCUGUAAUCAAAAAUGUAUCGAAGAUAUGGGACAUCUCAUUACUUCAAGUGAAAAUAUUUCAAGAACUAAGCAAGAUAUGAAAAAUCGGUGAAAGAAGUUAUAUAGUUUCGAAAGUUCUUUCAAAUGAGAAAAUAAAAAUUUAUAUUGCCACUUCCCUUUAAUUAAAGUCAGGACUUUAAAGUCUGGACUGAAUAGCUAGAGCAAAUGAAUAAUUGCAUGGACAAACUGAGGACGAAAUUUAGGUCUUUGCCAUGUAAAAUACUUUUGUGAAAUGAUCAAAUAUUUGACAUUUUCCAGUUGAAAUAAAAAUGAUUCGUGCAUGGGCAUAAUAUUUACAGAGGAAAAUCUUUUAAAUCACGCUGAACUUCAAACUUUAACUGCUGAGCGCAAACAGAAUUGCGCCCUCCUUCACCCUUAAAUUUCCAAUUUAGGAAUUUCAUCAAUGUUUAUCCAGCGCUGCACAAGUGAUAGACUUUCGCAAAGUCCAUUUCAAAGACAUCAUUUUUAUUUCGCGCGCGUGGUUGGGAAAUCUCUGACUGAGGCGGUCUUGUGGCACGUCUAACAAUGAAAGCUGUAUAAAAUGUUGAUAUUAAUGUUUCGCAGGUAGCGCCUUUGGUCAGCGACGUCCUCCGCUGACUGAAUUGAUCGCGAGUAUUUUGGUAAGAUAUCCGGAUGGUGGACAGAUUUUGAAGGUAUAUAAUAUGAAUACGGUUUCGUAUGUAACCAUUGCGAAACUCAUUAAUAUUCCUGAAGAAAACAAAAGAAAUCAUGACCCUGAUACAAAAUCAUGCUGAUUUACAUAAACUUUAAGUUCACUCAGUUUUCUCACCAAAUAUCAUUAAUUUAUUUUAAAUUGUUGAAGAAUGUUCUCAUCAAGACGUUUCACAAGCCAUUUUACUGACAUUCGCGUCCGUGUUGUAUUGGAUAUACAAACUCUCGUCUCAGUUCGGCUUGAGUUUGUACUAUAUCCGAUAUACAGGGCCGGAUUAACCAUAUGGCAGAAGGGGCAUCUGCUCGCGGGCCCCGCGCUUUUAUGGGCCCAGCGCUUUACUCAGUUUUAAUUUUUUUGUCGCGUGGCUGCAUGGACGAAAAAAGGGCGUCAAAAGCCGCAAGGCCACAAAAGUAAAAUAACGUUAGUCGUUACUCCAAAAAGCGAGGCCGACAGAAAUAAAAAGCAAGGCCUUUAAAGCUGUAAGCGAGUGGCCUUAAAAAUCAAAAGGCGAGGCCCAAAAGGCACCCUUGCAACCAAAUAAAUCUUCGCCCAAGAAAAUUAUAAAUACGGAAAGAAUAGUUUGCAGAAGACGACAGAGUUUAUUGCUUUUCCUACUCAAAUUCAAUAUCUCGCUCUUAUAUCCUCGCCUUUUAUCGUGUCCCAUAAAAAUUUCACGUAUUUAGUUUCUAUCUAAUCGUAUUUUCCCUUGUUUUUUGCGUACAUCAUGUUUAUCAUAGGAGUCGGAGUAAAGAAAUGAAGCCGGAUAACCAUUUUUGGACUACUGGUCCUCAUUAUUUAGGCUUACACCAGUACCUGUCCAAUUACCUAUUUUACGCCAAUGAAUGACAGUUCAAAUUGAUGUACAUACGUUCUUGUUUUAAUAUACAGGCAAUUUUUCACAUCAUGGUGAUAUUUUUUAAUCUUUCUGAUUUCAGAAAAUUCUGAAUUCGGGCCCGCCGGGGGGGGGGGAGGUUGUAGGGGCCCCGCGCUGGAAAAAAUGCCACGGGCCCCGCGAAAGGUUAAUCCGGCCCUGCCGAUAUAACAAGGUCAAGCCCGCUCUUGUUGAAAAUAGCUAGUACGUAACUAGGAAACAACUGAAGAUAUUACUUAUAUCUGUUUGACUAGGAAUUGAUUCAAAAUGCUGAUGAUGCAGGAGCAACAGAAAUUAAAUUUCUUUAUGAUGAUAAAAAGUAUGGCACACAGUCACUUGUCACGCCGAAGUUAGACAAGUUUCAGGGCCCUGCGCUAUACUGCUACAAUAAUGCCGUGUUUGAAAAAGAAGACUGGGAUGGUAUUCAGAACCUCAUGCGUAGUAACAAGAAAGAAGAUCCUUUAAAAGUUGGACGGUUUGGUAUUGGGUUCAACUCAGUUUAUCAUAUUACAGGUAAUUCAGAAUAAUCACCCACGCAGAAUAAGUACACAUGCACGCGAGGUUUGUAAAUUACUCGACCUCCUACACCUAUGGCUAUAAAUAUCUCUAACCGGUAAUGGCACUGGCUAGAAAGAUCGCGGAUAUGCUAUGCGCAAGAAAGUUGUAUAUAAUAAUCAACCGUAUUUAAACAGAACGUUUAAUACUUUAAUAGCAUAUCUUACACUUAAGUUAGGAAUUUAUCCUAGGUUUUCUCAGGCCGCUUUGAAAUUUGAGGACUUCGGCAAGGAAUUUCCAGGACUAAUUAAACAUCCACGAUUUUCCAGGAUUUCCAGGGGGCGUACAAACCCUAUUGUAAAUAAUAACGUAACUGGGGAACUAAUACAAUACAAGCUUUAUUAAACAUUAAGUAAAUACAUGCAGGCUUUAUAUUUCAAAGAAAUCUCAGUUUCCAACGUAAAAAUCGGGAAAAUUAUGAAAGGGAAGCACACGUCGUAUUAAAAUAGUCGAAAAAAUAAGAAUUAUGUAACGUAAGGAAACAGUUUGGCCGUCGGCGAGGCACUGCACGCCCGUCACCCAUCGGCAAGGUCUUCCCCCUCCCCGGUCGAAAAACAAUUUGAGAAGGUUAUGAAGGAAGCGUUUUUGUAAUAGAUCGAACAAAUAUUUGUCAGCCCCCUAAUUUUUUCCUCCUGUACCGCCUAUGUUUAUAGUGAAAUCUCUGUCGAUUAUUGUUAUAUUUCAAGUACGUAUGUUCUGAAUGACGUAAUUGUGGGCGCUUCGUGUCCACACGUGGAAAAAUGUGUUCUUUUGACAACACUUCAUACUUUAGUAAUAUUUGUUUGUAUUGUUCAACUAGUAUUAGAGAAAUUUAGAGUGAAAAUAGUAUCAAAAUAAACCAAAUCUGAGUGAAAACAUUCUUGGUGAAAAGUGCUUGAUAUUUUAUGAACCCUGUAUUUAGCUUAAAUGAAAGUAUGUUAAUUUAAAAUUUAUGCUGUGCCCAUCCAUACUAAACUGAACAUUUUUUUUCUUUUACUUCCUGUAGACCUUCCAGGUAUUGUGAGUGGCACAAAUGUUGCUUUCUUAGAUCCACAUGAAAUUUACUUUGGCCGAGGUGAGUCUGGUCAACAGUUUAAUAUCAAACAUGGUUUACUACAACCUCAAUUAUUUGACCAGUUUGCUCCAUUUCAUGGUAUAUUUGGAUGUGAUCUCUCAAGCACGAGAUCUUAUGACAAUACAUUGUUUCGUUUCCCAUUACGAAUCACUCCUGAAUCAGACCUUUCAAAAACAGUAUACAACGAAUCAAUGAUCAACAACUUAUUUGAAUCAUUGCGUCAAGAAGCCUCUAUCAUACUUCUAUUUCUUAAAAGCGUACAAAGCAUUGGUAUUUUCAAACGUACAAACGAAGGUCGCCUCGACUGUACUUUUAAAGUGGAGGUAUCAAACGACACACGAAACCAAGUAAUAAUGGAACGGGAGAAAUUGUUGUCUGCAGCUGUAGAGACAGCGUCUGUCGUUGAAUCCAAAUUCAUCAUCGGCAUCAAUAUAACAUCAAACAAACAAAUGGAUAGCAAGAAGUGGUUGGUGGUCAAUCGAAUUGGCUCGAACAAUAAACGUAUCACCCAAUUGCGUACGCAGCUUUGUUUGCUCCCUUGGAUUGGAUUAGCCGUGCCUAUCAACGAUGGAUGUACACCAAUCACCGAUGGUAGAAUAUUCUGUUUCUUGCCCUUGCCACCGGAUGUUGAUUGCAUCACUGGUCUACCUGUUCAUAUCCAUGGCUACUUUGGUUUGACUGACAACAGGCGUGGUCUUACAUGGCCUGGCAUGGAAUGCCAAAACAACGAAACGGCUGAAUGGAACACGUUACUGUUAUCAGAAAUUGCUAGCACCGUUUAUUGCAAGAUAAUAGACGUUUUAGUUACGGAUCAACCCAACACUGGUCUCAGCGAGGUCAACAGAAGCCAUCUUGUAUAUUCAACUAUGCCAGCCUUGCAAAAUGUCCAAGGUCAUUGGAAAUGUAUCUUGAAACCCAUGUUGCAGCAAAUGUCCAACCAACCCGUGUUCUAUGCUCUAAGGAUCACUGGCAAUUCUUGGAUUACUUUACGCAAUGGUAUUCUUGACCUUCUUCAUCAGUCUGGGACAAGUUCUGAAACUCGUGACGUAAUUUUGAAAGUUCUUUACCAACGGCAUGCUGUGAUCACAGAUUUUCCUCCCCAUGUUCUGGAAAUAAUUAACUCCUUUUCCGCCCGGAAAGUUAUCUCGCCAGCUAUCGUUAGAAGUGUUUUGAAGGAAUCUGAAAUUAGUGUUUCCAUAACAUCACGUGAACAGAAGUUAAAUCUACUCACUUAUGUACUGAGCGAUGGCAAUACGACAGAACUUGCAGGUAUUCUUCUCUUACCCUUAGCUAACGCGAAUUUCAUCACGUUUUGCAAGCACAAGCAUUCGUCAAAUCCAAAAGCGUCAGUGUUUGUGUCAAGUGGAAACUGUACGGCAAAGUUGCUCCCCAAUAUGUCUGGUCGGUUUCUUGACGAAAGCAUUCAAGAAGAUGUCAAAAGGAAACUUUAUGGUAUAGCAACGACCAAGAACAAUGCAAAACAUUCGACUCAAUUGGUUCGAUUAACAAGUCAGAUUGUCAUUCAGAACAUUCGCGCUAGUUUGCCACCCAAAUGGUUCAAGGGUAACAGAGAUAAAGUAUCGUGGAAGCCUGGCACGUCUAACCAACCACCUCAAAGUUGGCUUGAAUCAACAUGGACUUGGAUUAACGCAUCAUUUCCAACCUCAUUAGCACAUUUUGAAGGCAUCCCCCUUUUGCCAAUCGGUAACCGACUUGGUAUUUUGUCGAAAAAUUCUAAGUUCAUCUUUGGUUCAGAAGGCAUGUAUACUAAUCUUCCUGCGCAAGUGCGUGAUCUACUUUCAGCCUGUGGUUGCACUGUCCUUACAGGUCUGCCAAACUACAUUUGUUCCCACAAAGAUAUUAACACCUACGUUGCCCCGCCAACUCCGUCUGGUGUGUUAUGCGUGCUAAGUGGAAUUUCCACGACAGUUGUAAUCCUACAAGCAGCAAAGAUCUUGACGUCACAAAACCGUACAGUAUUCCAUGAAUUUUUCUCCAGUUUACCCAACCCAAUCUCUAGUUCUCAGAGAGAUCUGUUGCUACAACUUCCGUUAUUUGAGACGCUUCAUGGUACCGCCACUGCUGCUCAACAACUCAAAGCUGUGUCUGCAAAUCUUAACCUUCCACAAAAUUUCAUGUUAUCAAGGGAUUGUGUAAUUAUUUUAUCCACUGAUUCCUACGUUCAGAAGCUCUUGGUUCUGCUUAAUAUUCAAUUUCUCUCUUCCGCUGAUAUGUUAAUGCAAUACGUUUUUCCUGAUAUUUCAGCCAAUCGAUACAAUAAUCAACAGAUUACCAUACUUAUGCAGUGGAUCCUCGAGAAAAUUACAAUAUUACAAUCUCAAAGUGAAAGAUUUGUUAGCGAGAUGAAAAAUCUUUCUUUUGUUUCCACGCAGAGCGGUACAAGAAAAGUAGCACUUGAACUGUACGAUCCAAAUGAUGGCGUACUUCAUGAUAUUUUGAAUGGCGAGAAAGAUGUAUUUCCGACUGGAAUUUACGCUACUCCUGACUUAAUUACAAAGCUUAAAUAUCUUGGUCUUAAGACGAAAGAAACACUUACGGCUAGUGAUCUCCUCAGAUUUGUUAAAAUCAUUGCAUCUUCUGCUCAAUCGUCUCCUCUAAUCACCAAGAAAGUCAGUGCGUUGCUUACAAUACUAAACGAUAAUCCAACAUAUUUGAACCACUACUCUAGUGAUUCCACUUUGAAAGAAGACCUACUUAGGCUAAAAUGGAUUCCCUGUUCAACGAAACCACCUCCAAAUUAUCCAAAUUUCGUACAAUGGUUUAACACGCCAGCAUUGUUACUACCGUCUGAAGUCCGUAGUUUAUCGAAAGCUCUACUUAUCGGUUCUUCAAUGCCCACUUUUUCUAUAUAUAUAAACAGCGAGCUUCAACAGGUAUUUGGCUUCAAGCGUGAUCCGCUAUUGCCUGACGUCAUCAAGCAAUUACAAACUGCUAUAGCAAGUUGGAAAACUCAGAAAAACAGUCCUGGCAUUGAAGUGGCUAAAUUUGAGGAAAUGCUUGUUCAAAUAUACUGCUAUCUUUCCAAAUUCCAGCCUCGCGAUAUAUCUAGUGCUGUUGCAAGGGCAUCUCUCACGGACUGGAUAUGGCAUGGAAAUGGAUUUUGUCCUCCCAGAAACGUGGCUCUGACAACAGAUUUUGCAAUUGAUCUCCGUCCUCAACUAUUUCUUCUUGCAAAAGAAUUUCGUUCAAACCAAACAUUGAUCAAGUUCUUUUUACAACAUGGUGUCUGCAGAACGUUUUCAGAUGAGGACAUUCUAGGAGUUUUAGACAGCAUUCGGAAGAAACACGCCAACACUACCCAACAUACUUCAACCGAAGUUAGUCAAGAUUUGACAAUUUGUCGUGCUAUUCUACAGUGGGUAGUUAAAGAUGGAAGGAUUUUGCCAGAACAUCUGCAAGAAAAGGUGUUUGUUCCUGUACAGAGUGAGAGUAAUGUUUUGAUUUUAGCACCUUGCAAGAAAUGUACCUAUUGUGAUAGAGAAUGGUUGCGGAAAGGUGGAUCUGAAUUCGAUAUCCCUGGUAAUUACCAAAUUAUACAUGAUUCCGUCUCCACCAAAGUUGCAAGGCUCCUUGGUGUUCCGGCAUUAAGCACUUGCCUUCUGUCUGCAGAAACACUGGGUUUUGCCUUUGAACAGACUGGGCCCUACGAAUCAAUAACGAAUCGAAUAAAGACCGUCCUACGAGAAUACACAGAGGGAGGGAUUUUCAAGGAAUUAAUCCAGAACGCUGACGACGCCCGUGCUAGUGUAGUUCGUUUUCUUGUAGAUUGGAGAAAUGGUCCAACAGAAAAGCUUUUGUCCCCAGAUAUGGCAGCAAGUCAGGGACCGGCACUUUGGGCAUACAACAACGAAGAGUUUUCGGAGCACGAUUUUCAAAAUAUUAACAAAUUAGCUGGUGCUACUAAAGUGGAUGAAGUCGGAAAGAUCGGUCGCUUUGGACUUGGUUUUAACGCAGUUUAUCAUUUAACUGAUGUUCCAAGUUUUGUCAGCCGUAAAUAUUUCGUGCUCUUUGACCCUAAUGUCAAUCACAUUGAGAACCACAUCCAGAACAAAUCACGCCCUGGUAUUCGUAUCGAUCUUGCUUCUAAUCCACGUCCUCUCUCGGCCUUUGAAGAUCAGUUUCAACCGUACCACGGUGUAUUUGGUUGUAGCAUACAGAAUACAGGUGCAACGAAUUUUAACUUUGAUGGAACCUUAUUUCGAUUUCCAUUCCGUACGUCUGGUGAAGCUAAAAAGAGUGAUAUUUGUCAGAGUGUUUACAACAAAGAGAAAGUGAAACAAAUUAUCAGUAGUUUUAAAGAAUGCUCAUCGCUUCUAUUACUUUUUACCCAACAUGUUACGCAAGUAGAAUUAUACGAGAUUGAGAAUGGUUCUGAUCCAAGCGAUAUGAGAUUGCUGUUAUCUGUUUCGAAACAAUCACCAAAGAUUAAAAGAUCCAGUGACCCUUCCUCUUCUAAGCAUCCGUUUAUUGAAGAAUGUUCAAGCUGGUGGCGACGCAUGUUGGCAGCCUCUAUCACCCAGCUGGUAACUCCUUCUCGAUGCGAGCUUUUUGAGAUCAUUACGAAAGAGACUCAAUCCAACCUUAUAUGCAAUCAGUUCAAGUCAGAAACUCGUGAAACCUGGCUCGUUGCAUCUUGUGGAGGGACAGAUACCUCAGUUUCAUUAGCUUCUGGCGAAGGUCGUUGUCGUGGUCUCUUGCCAUGUGGAGGAGCUGCAGCGCGUCUCAAUUCUGUAUCAAGUAAUGGAUCUACAUUGAAAUCGUUUGUAAAGGUUGACGCAGUUAAUGGAGAAGCAUUCUGCUUUCUGCCAUUGUCCAUCUCGACAGGAUUGCCGAUUCAUGUUAACGGCUACUUUGCAGUCACAUCAAAUCGCCGAGGAAUCUGGGAACGAACAACCUCACACCAACAUCAGGAAAUUGAAGUUCGAUGGAAUGAGUCUUUACUUAAAGAUGCUUUGUGUAGUGCUUACCUGCAGCUGUUAAACGACCUGAAAACGCUUCAAACACAAGAUUAUGCUUUCUGUGCGUUAUGGCCUGUCUAUGACAAACUUCAGUCCGCCACUUGGGGAGGUUUGGUCGAAAGUGUGUAUAAGAGCAUAGUGUCAAAUGCCUUGCCUCUUUUCUACAGUGAUGGUAAAUGGCUAUCAAUAAAUGAAGGUUACAUAUUAGAUGAUGAGCUGCGAAAUGUUCCAGAAGUUCGUGGUGCUUUAAAAAGAUUGAACAACCACGUAUUUGAUAUUCCACCUCAAAUUUUGUCUUCAAUGAUUAAAGCAGGACAAAAGAAAGCUGUACGUCGGAACACAUUGGACUUGAAAACGUUUCUUCAGAAAUUGUUUUUGCCAAAUAUUCACACUAUUCCCAGUAAUGUUCGAGAUCGAAUCAUCUGCUACAUUUUGGAUUGCAUACCGAGUAGACGAAGUGAGUUUGCAACACUGAUGAAUGAUUACCCAUGUGUAACGUGCUCACAAGAUGGUAACCAUCUAUCUAAGCCAUCUAGACUUAUCAAUCCAAAAGGACCUGCAGCAUGUCUUUUUUCACCUGAAGAUCAUCGCAUUCCUGUUGGGGACUGUUUUCAGAAAAAUAACCGUCUUUACGCCUUGGAAGAGCUAGGAAUGGUUAACGAGCGAAUUUCCUGGUCUGAAAUAUGUGAUCGAGCGAGGUCUGUGAAGAUUGUUGCGGCAACCAGUGGAUACAAGGCUUUGGAAAGAACGAGAAAUCUGGUCAAAUAUCUUAAGGAAAACAUCGGAAAACUCUCAAAGCCAGAUCCCAGCGGCAUGUCGGAUCUCCGAAGUAUAGAGUUUUUACCUUUUAUUCCAACAUGUCCUGAUGGUUAUGAACUACAGUGGGAAGGAUCAAAAUUAAAAAAACAACAAUUAUUUGCACCAAACGAUGUUUUCCUUUCAAGUGAAAAGAAUCUAGUUGGUUCAAGCUGUGUAAUCGUAGAUGAUUCAGAAGAAACUGGAUGUGGUAAACUUGGGCAUCAAGUUAAAGAUUUGUUGGGAUUUUCUAACCGUCAUCCCAAAGUACAGCAAGUUAUUCGACAACUUGAUGCAGCGAUUAGCGUUGUCAAUGUCAGUUCUGAGAAACGAAAAUCGCUGGAAGCCGUUUGUAAAAGAGUUUAUAAGUUCUUUGAUAAUUUGAUUACGAAAGCGUACCACCUUGGGCACGAAAGUCAGAGAAUGAGUGUGCACAACCAGAAUCAAGGCAAGUCAGAAGGAGAACAGCUGUUAAAGGAAUUAAGCCAAAGACCUUGGGUAUUUAUCCACGGCAAUUUCAUACCAACAAGAAAAGUUGCUUACUACUGGAAUGAAAACGGUGCACCCUAUCUUUACAGCUUGCCGCUUGAAUACCGUGAUAACUACAGCAGACUUUUUAACAUGGCAGGUGUCAAGCAAACAUUUUCACACGUGGAUUUUAUCGACGCACUAAAAUCUCUUAAGGAGACGAAGACAGGUCGCCCAUUGAAUAAUGAUGAAAUCAAACUCACUGUGUGUUUUGCAACGGCUUUGAAGGAUGCAGAAAUUGAAGCGUCCCAAGUUGGUCAAAUUCCCUUACCAGACUGCAACAACGUGUUGUGUAUGAGCGGAGAGCUUACCAUAAAUCUCACGUUUUGGCUUAAAGAUCGUGGUGAUGCCCGUUAUGUGCAUCGGGACAUUCCUCCUCAACUGGCACUAGAUUUGGGAGCAAAGUCGCUACAGAAUCGCCGACUAAAGAAAUACUCAAGCACAAUAGGAAUCCCAUUUGGUCAACACGAAAAGCUCACUGACAGGUUAAAGAACAUUCUCAAGUCAUACCCCUGUGAUUCAGGAAUCUUGAAAGAACUUGUUCAAAACGCUGACGAUGCUGGAGCAACCGAAAUUCACUUUAUUUACGACACAAGAAAGCUUCCGCACGAAAAGGUUAUUCAGAAUCACGCUGAAGAAGUUCAAGGACCUGCCCUUUGCGUUUACAAUAACAAGCCAUUCACCCAAGAUGAUCUUGAAGGAAUACAGAAACUCGGUAUUGGUAGCAAAACUGAUGAUCCGGAGAAGACAGGUCAGUAUGGAAUUGGAUUCAACGCAGUAUACCAUUUAACAGAUUGCCCGAGUUUUCUGUCCAACGAAGAUACUUUAUGUUUCCUCGACCCUCACUGCCGAUAUGCCCCAGACGCAAGGCCUGAUUCCCCUGGUGAACAGUUUCAACCAAUUGACGAAGAAUUUAAAGAGGAUUUCAAAGAUAUUUUCCUUGGCUACCUUGGAGAGUAUUUCAACCUGAAAGGAGCUACAAUGUUUCGUCUUCCAUUACGAACAAUGGAAAGAUCUCGCGAGUCCCUCAUAUCUGGUAUAUUCGUAGGAAACUACAAAAUGAAUGAGCUUCUUAGCAAGUUCAAAGACGAAUCAAAGAAGAUGUUGCUUUUUCUUAAUCACGUGAGGAAAAUUUCAUUAUCUGAAGUUGAUAAGGAUGGUCAACUGAAAGAAGAGUACAGUGUAGUUGCUGAUUUAAGUAAAGAAAGUGAUGAAAAAUGCCGUGAGCUAUCCCGUAUUGUGAAAGGAAGCAAACAUCUUCCCACUCGUGAUGUUGCAUGGCAUAAUGUUACUUACCCAUUGACCAUUUCGAAUUCCGAUAAAGCUGUGGAAACGUGGCUCGUUCAUCAGUGUUGUGGAACAUCAUCCCAAGCGUCAAAAGACUCCAUACCUGAUGGGCAUCAGUUCGGUCUCUUUCCACGCGGUGGAAUUGCUGCCCUAGUUUCCCCACAACGUUCAAGUUCUGAAUACAAACCUCAACAUGUUGCCUAUUGUUUCCUGCCACUUCCUGUUUACACAGGUUUACCUGUCCAUGUCAACGGACAUUUUGCUCUUGAUUCUUCCCGAAGAAACCUUUGGAAUGAUACUGAUCAAAGCAGCCCGCUCACUAAGUGGAACAACUUUAUGAAAAUGAGCGUUCUUGCUCCUGGAUAUGCCACAUUAAUUUACGAGGCGCGAAAAUAUGUACCUUUCUCCCAAGGAAUGGUAAAAGACAACUGCAAGUGCACGUUUGCGAACAACGUAGACGUUCAGCGCGGGCUUUUAUGGUACCACCAACUCUUCCCGACUCCAUCGAAAGAUUCUCCCUGGAAUAUUUUGGCUCUAGAAGUGUAUCGUUACUUGGGUUCCAAUAAUCUGGAGGUUUUACCUGUUGUUGUUGCAGAUGAUAAACUCGUCGAGAUGAACACCUCACUGAAUGAAUCCUCAAAUGAUGUUAUUCACCAAGUUCGUUCCUGGCUUUCGGUAAAAGAUGCAUAUUUCCUCGAAGGCAAAGGUCAAACGAAACUGGAUGAAGAUCGACUAUUCAAGCUUCUGCUUCGAAUGCAUCUCCCACUUUUGCUUUAUUCCCCAACCAUGGUGUACUAUUGGUUUAAACAAGCUGAAAUAGCGUGUAAUGUUCUGGCGCCGAUGAGUGUAAUUAAUUUCAUUAGAAGCUUUUCUGUUCCUACAUCAAAUUGUCAGGUUGGAAACCUUCCAAUACACCUGAAGAAAACGAAUGUGAGAGAAUUGUUUGACCUUAAAGUGCUCAUUGACUAUUGCAAAAUGGAAGAGCAGUUCCCAAACCUCCUGGAAGGGCUUCCAAUUUUAUUAACUGCAGAUGGUCAGUUGAAAGUUUUUGAUGCGAAUAACCCUGUUUACCGUUCCAAAUUCAGCGAUCUCUUUCCAGAAAACGCAAAUUUAUUUGUCCACACUGAUCUUGUAUACAGCCUACCUGAUAUCGACAAUCUUCCGGAAAAACGGGUAAUGCAGCGGUUUACCGUCCAGGCAUUGAACCAACACUUUCCUGGCAUCUUUCCUGAGUACAUGAGAGGCACAUCUCAACAUCUUCCCUGGAUAUUUCCACAGAAUGGCCCGUUGUCAAGAAAGUGGUUCCAGCGCCUUUGGUACUUCUUGCAAAGCUACGCUAUUCCUAAGUUAAAUAAUACUACUGAAGUGUCCUUGUCAGUUCUGGGUAUCUGGCCAAUUAUUCCCACAACCAGUGACAAAUUAGUAACGAUCAAUAACGGCAAGACAGUGCUUGAUGCGACUCACCGCAGUACAGAUGCCGCGCAAGGAAAGCGUAUUCGUGAAAUUUUGGAAAAGUUGAAUUGCCCCAUAUUAAACACAGAAAUCACAGUAAAGAAAUCAACCAAUCCAACUGGCGGGUUUUUUUCAUCCACACUUGGUAAAAUUUUGCCUAUAUUUGGUACACCCAACCUAGCAUCACCUACAGAUGACAAUAGUCAUGUCACCGAUCCGCAUGUAGCGCAACCUCACAAUGUCCGAGAUGUUCUUCAAGUACUUGAUUUCAUGAGAAGAACGGGUUCUCUUGAUACCUCGAAGUUGACCACCGAUGAUUUGCGCACAGUGUUAAGUUUUGUUCAAGAUGAUUUUGACAAUCUGACAGAACAGGACGCCACUAUCCUUAAGAAAUUGCCAUUUUACAUGGGUAUAGAUGGCGCACAUUUCAGUUUAUCAGAGUAUGCAUAUUAUGCUGUAAUUCCACACGGUGUUCCAACAGCAGAAAUUGUAAAACUUCAGUUUCAUACAACAUGUCUGUUUCUUGAUCCAGUCUCUGCAGCUGCUCUUCAUCGACUUUACAAAUGGCUUGGUGUCGGAGUGGAACUUAGCUUUACUGAGUUUUAUAAGAAAUAUAUUAUUCCGCGUUUUGAAAUUUUUAAUCGGGAAAACCAGAUUUCAUAUCUCACACACAUAAAGGACGACGUCGUGCCGUUACUCCUCGUAGGGAGCUCAAAGCGAAAAGUAUUCGUAGAAUUUUUAAUUGGAAGCUUGUGUAUACCAGGUGAAGAUGAUAUUCUCCAUUAUGCCCGAGAAUUUCACGACCCACGUAAUGAAGUCUUUCAAAUAAUGCUUGAAGAUAAUUCUGACCAUUUUCCACCUCCUCCCUUCCAACGUCCUGAAUGGCUGGAGUUUUUGUCUGAAAUUGGGAUGAAAACAAGAGUGGAAGAAAAUCAAUUCCUGGAAUUUUGUGAAGAAGUUGCAGUAUGUGGAUCUCUCGAUCCCACAGCAAAUGUGGCGAAAUCAAAGGCACUUGUUAGUUAUCUAUUCUACAACGAACAUCUCCGAAGUGAAGAUUUCUUGUGUUCCCUUUCAAGUAUUAGAUUUAUCGCAUCCGAAAAAGUGGAAUCGAAUCUUCUCUCAUUACACAAGCAGUUCCAGUGCAAUACCGCAGCAGAUGAACCACCUUUUGUGCAGUUUUUUGAUGCUGUUCCUUGGGAAUACCACGUUAUUACAUGGACAAGCACUCAACUUCUUCCAUCAUGGGCACAGCCUGGUGAGGAAUUGCUUCAUUACAUAGGAGUUCAAGAGGUACCGUCCGUUGAGAGCAUUGUUAGUCACCUGCAAAACCUCUCGUGCACACUUGCAGAGAUAUGUAGGAGAGACGAAGUAUUGCCACAACCAGCUUUGUUGAAGAAGAUUAUGGAAUCCAUUUAUAAAGGUUUAAAUACGGAAUUAGACUGCGGCGAAAACAAAAAUAUUUCAGAUUAUUGUAGUCCUGAAUGCCAAAGCAUUGGUUUACGUUUAAGUAGAAUUCCAUGUGUCUUAGUAGAAGAAGGAAAAGUCGUGGUCGCAGGUGAUAAAUUAUCCUUUGGAAGUCAAAAUGAUUGUUCCUUUAUCCCGUUUUUGUAUCCCGUUCCUCGAAGGUAUUGCGCUUACGAGCAUUUGAUGAAGCGACUUGGUGCGACGGAGAAGUUCACCUCCCUUCAAUUUGCCAAUGUCUUGCAAGCUAUUAGAGAGAAAUGUAGCAACACGAAAAUGAAUCCUAAUCUUUUCGAAAAAGCUAAAGCGGCGAUGAGAGAACUCUUUCGGAGCUUGCUUAGUGAAAGUCAAGCUGUGAACCAAACAACAAUAAGUGACCUAAGGGAACUGUUUCUACCAAGCGAAAGGGAAUUUCUUGUGAAGUCAAGUGAUUUAAUCUUCAAGAUCGCUCCCAGUUUUCGAAAUGCUCUGGCCAGUCGUGCAAAUCUGAAAAUUUUGCUCCCAUUAGAAAAAUGUGAUUUGCGGAGGGAAAAGGAAGAAGAAUAUCUAAACGCCCUUCCGCGACAUUUACGACCUAAGUUAAUGGAUAAUUUGUUCAAAAAGGUAUUGGAUCCAAAGUGUGUCAAAGACAAAUGUUCUUCGUGUCAAGAAGAUUGUCCUUGCGAGUUUAUUAAAAGAUAUAUACUCAUCAUACAAUCUCCUGAAUUUAAGUCGUGCAUUAUACGACUUUUAAAACACACAAAAAAAUGCACCGAGCUUACUGAAGAUGAGCAAGAUCGAUUAUCUGUAUUUGGAACAAAUAAGUUAGAAAUCAUUUGUAUGCGUAACAUCAACGUACAUCUUGUUGACACUGAAACAGAACAGCCACUCGAGAACAGCUCCAUCCCACGUCAAUGCUACGCUGACGUAAACAACAGUUCGUGGAAACUUUUCAUCAAGCGUACCACUUCCGAAACCCAACCGAUUUUUCUCUCAUACUGCAUUGAUAAGAUUACACGCGGGAUUUUGGACGUGACCUGUCUACCAGUUAUUUCAAGCAUGUUAUUGUGUAAAUCACCAUCACAGCUUCCCAAUAUCUUAGAUCAAUUUAACAUAGCUGAGGACUUUUCCGAAGAAGAACUCAAGAUUGGUGGAGAAGUUCCUGUUGUGUUUCAUUAUCUCCUCCAACAAAAUCCGUUGUUUAUUUUCCAUGAAGGAGAGAUUGUGGCUUAUGGUGUAGAGACUAACGAAACAGAUGAGAUGGCAGAAGCAACAGAGGAUGGAUUCAUGAUCAUGAAAUUUAUUUUAGCGAAAGUGAUGUCUCGCACUGACGAAACUGAAAGUGACGGUUCGUAUGAUUUCACUGCAGAGUAUUUGAUAGAUCUGGGUAAUGCACGUAAGAAAGUCAGUGUCGUCGAUUUGUACAAGUUUGUCCAAAAUGAUGCUGCGGAGAACCACACUACUGAUCUAAUACAAUUCACAGGUGAUCCCACUAUCAUGCCAAGCAGUCUUGAUGACGGUAAACGAGAAAUUUUGGAAGCCCUGCUCAAGGCAUGGCGAUUACCACAAAAGCUCCGUCGAAAAGUCAUCCGACGUCUAUACCUUCGAUGGCAUCCCGACAAGAAUCCAGAUAAUGUUCCAUUUGCCGAAGAAAUGUUUAAGUUUCUGCUAAGCGAGAUCAAACGAAUGGAAGCUGAAGAAUCUAAUAUUGAUGAUAGCUGUAAGUUUAGUACGAUGUUCACCAGUUGGAAUCGCCGGGCUAGACGGGAGAGAGAUACAUACAGCAACUUUAGAGCAAAUUCUGGUGGUUCAACGCGAUCAACAUCCGAUUAUACUUAUCCCGAUUUAUCCGAAGCUAGACGUUGGUUGAAACAAGCCCAACGCGAUCUAGAAGCUGCGCAGCUUUUGUUUUCCUCCCCAUCCCAGUCGUUUGAUGCUUUGGUGUGUUUCUUGAGCCACCAAGUGGUCGAAAAGAGUUUAAAAGCAGCAUUGUACGCGAAGUGUGGUCUAACUGAUGAUCAACUACACACUCACGAUGUUUACUCUUUGGCGUGUCAUGUAUGUGGACUAAGAGGUUCACCUGCUGAAAUAACCGACAUGGCCAUUGUUGUUAGUAAUUAUUAUUUGACCACUCGCUAUCCGAACCAACAACCAGGAUCUAUUGUCCCAGCUGAUGCCUUUGGUACAGAACAAUCAGAAAGAGCUUUGGAAAACGCCAGCAGACUUCAUGGAACAGUUGAAACUUUAAUUGUUGCGUAG